AUGUCUGGCCUACCCCGUCCAGGCGCGCCGGUCAAGCGGAAUACCACAUUAAUGCGCCCACCCACGACGCGACCACCACAUCUGGCGCGUGGUCGCUCAGCAACUCCUGCAAUGGACGGCCGCUCGUCGAGAGCAGAAUCGGUGGCUUCGACAGCGAGAGCCCCGCGACCGUCACCCCUAAAACGCAAAGAGCGCGAGUUUGAGACGGAAGGAGAGGAGACCAAUAUCAACGUCGUGGUACGAUGCAGAGGGCGCAACGAUCGCGAAGUGCGCGAAAAUAGCGGAGUCGUAGUGUCAACCAACGGAAUCAGGGGCUCUGCUGUGGAUCUUUCCAUGGGCCCAAGUGCGCUCAGCAAUAAGACGUAUCAGUUUGACAAGGUCUUCUCGCCCGCAGCCGACCAGAACAUGAUAUUCGAAGACGUCGUGUUGCCAAUUCUCAACGAGGUCGUCGAUGGCUUCAACUGCACAAUCUUCGCCUAUGGCCAGACAGGUACAGGCAAGACGUACACCAUGACGGGUGACAUCUCAAACGUCCUACCCCUCCCAGACGCCGCCGGUAUCAUUCCCCGUGUACUAUAUGCCCUCUUCCAGCGUCUCGAAGCCGACGAGAUCGAGAACUCGGUCAAGUGUUCCUUCAUCGAGCUCUACAACGAAGAGCUACGCGAUUUGCUUUCCGCCGACGAUGCCACCAAGCUCAAAAUCUUCGACGACAACAGCAAAAAGGGCUCAACCACAACCAUGGUCCAGGGUAUGGAGGAAUGCCACCUGAAGAGCGCCACCGAGGGUAUCACGCUGCUGCGUAAUGGAAGUCACAAGCGCCAAGUUGCUGCCACCAAGUGCAAUGACCUGAGUUCGCGAAGUCAUACCGUUUUCACCAUUACCGUAUAUAUCAAGCGAACAUCAGAGGAUGGCCAGGAAUACUUGAGUGCUGGAAAGCUCAACCUCGUCGACCUUGCUGGUAGCGAGAACAUUCAGCGCAGCGGUGCUGAGAACAAGCGCGCUGCUGAAGCUGGUCUCAUCAACAAGAGUCUGCUAACAUUGGGUCGCGUUAUCAACGCCCUUGUCGAACGCAGCUCUCACAUUCCCUACAGAGAGUCAAAACUGACCCGUCUGUUACAAGACUCGCUGGGUGGCCGAACCAAGACAUGCAUUAUUGCUACCCUUUCACCAGCUAAGAGCAACCUGGAGGAAACCAUAUCGACCCUGGACUACGCAUUUCGUGCCAAGAAUAUCCGGAACAAGCCACAGGUCAACCAAGCUAUCAACAAGAAGACUCUACUCAAGGAGUACACGGCCGAGAUUGAGAAGUUGAAGAGUGAAUUGAUUGCGACCCGGCAACGGAACGGUGUAUAUCUUACUCAGGAAAACUACGAAGAAAUUACAACAGUCAGCGAGUCAAGGCGCAUCCUCAGUGAAGAGCAGCGGGAUCGCCUCGAGACUAUGGAAGUCAACCUUCGUAACAAGGUGGAAGAUCUUUUCAAGCUGACCACGAGCUUCCAAACCCUUAAGAAAGAUAACGAACAGACGCAGUUGGCCUUGGAUGGUACUAAGGGUAUCCUAGAGAAGACGGAGAUUGUCCUCCAACAUACGCGCACAAACCUAGCCGAAGAGACGGAGCUACGAAAGGCCCACCAGAAGACGGAGCAAGAGCUGGCAGAAGUCGGAAGAGACAUGAUUUCGACGCUAGGAAAGACUACCUCAGCCAUCGAUGGUUUACGGUCCAAGAUCCGCCGAAAGUCAGAGCUUCAAUCGCAAAACAGACGCAACUGGAAUUCAUCGCAGACGCAAGUCGUGGAUACCACUCGUAUGGUGGAAGACCGGAUAGAGGAGUUUCAGCAACAACAAGAACAGCUGAUGAACGCCAUUUCCGAACGCAUGCAGGCUUUUGUCACAGAUGAACUGGAGAAGCUAGGUGCCUCGCAAUCUUUCUUGCAGGAAAAGAUGGAGGCUUACCAAACAUCCGAGCAAGAAGUCAACGGGCAGACUGCGCAGGCACGCGAUCACAUGAACCAAGUCCUGGAGGAGAUUAAGACAUUACGCGAGGAUGUUAAGAUCAAGAUUGGGGCAGGUCUGGAUGAGCUUUCCGCAGCGGCUGAAACCAUCUCAGCAAACAUCAUCACAGAACUAGACGCCUUCCACACCCAAGUUCACGCGUCUUAUGCAGGACUCGGGCGCGACUUCAAAACCACUUUUGACGACUUGGUCAAGGAUCUCAACGAACAGCAGGCAGAGAACGAGCGACUUCACCAGCAGGUCGUAGAGACCAACGCAGCCUUGAUUAAGGCGAACAAGGCAUCGCAAGACCAACUGGCUAAGGUUGUAGACGAAGAGAAGCAAAAGUCAGCCGAGGACCGCCAACAGCUGCUUUCGCAGAUCACUGCGCUCGUCAAUGCAAGUGCUGAUGCGCAGGAGAAGAGAUUAGAUGACAGGCUCUCCGCUAUGCGUGAAGAAAUCCAGGCCACCAACACUGCGUUCGAGGAGAAGCAGGGCGCUUACACCGAGGGGGUGAAGGCGUGGUCAGACAAGUCGCGAGACAUCUUGGCAGGUGUAUCCAAAUCAAGGGAUGUCGUCAAGACGAAGAUCAAGUCAGACUUUGCAGCCGCAACUCAGCAUUCCACCUCAAUCAAGGAGACAACUACGUCUGUCCACGAAAGCACAAUCAAGACGGUCGAAGCACAGAUGGCACACCUCGACACCCAACUACAGGCUCUGGACGAUAUCGUUGCUCGUAUCCGCGAACAGAACAACACACACCACACCGCCCACACAACCUCUCUUGCCGCCUUAUCGUCAACAGUAGCAGCGUCGUACUCCAGCAUUGGCGAUCAUCUGUCUUCGUCCUUUGACCGAGUACAAUCUCUGGAAUCUGACAUGUCCGCGCAAGCAAGCACCCUCAAGGAGACACUACCUUCGCUCGCAGCAGAUGCCGAGAUUCGCGCACCACUCCAUGAGCUCCGCGAAUCCGUCAGCAACCAAAACUUGCUUGAAUACAACCCGACCGGCGAGACUCCUCAACGCGUAUCUUACGCCGUCCCAUCCAACCUCCCCCGUACCGAACCGCACGAGACGAUACUAUCCCGCCUUCGAGACCGUUCCAACACCGCCGAAUCUGCAACACGCAGCCCCUCCAAACAACCCAUCUUCAAUGAUGCGACCAGCACCCUUAGCCUCCCCUCACCAACCGACAUCUUCGGCACCACCGCUAGCAAUCCAAUCUUUUCCCCCCCUUCGAUUAGUGCGCACGCCCACACCAUCUCGCACCUCGGCACGGGAGGAGGCAAGACCUCGUCUCUUCGGGAGCUGGAUGUUAACGUGGUCGCGCAGGAAGUCCAUACAGCGCCUCUUCCCCAUCUCACAUCCCAAUCUUCAUGCGAUUCGCUCGUCGGCGGAGUCCCCCCAAACAAGAAGAUGCGGACCACCAAUGGCGAGGAUGGCAGUAAAUUGCCAAUGAAGAAGAUGACGAGGAAGACGGUGGGUGUUGCCGGCGAGAGGGGUGACCUGGAGCAGCGGUCGUUCUAG